AUGGACAGGAAAUCUGCAUUCGUCGUUGUGGUACACGGCAACUUGACUUCGGCACAUGUUUGUUUUUUUCUUCUACCAGUCAUCCUUUUAUGUUUUCAGUUUCCUCAAGCUGAGAACACCUGUAUCAAACUGACUUGUACUUAUGGCAGAGAAUGGAAACUUAUUUCCGGCCAAACACAACACAUUUCUGCCUAUUGCACCCCUGGAUCUACGUCAAUUAUUGCAGUUGAUCUUCCUUUUGAAGCCUGUUUUGGGUCGAACGAUCCUUAUCAAUGUAAGUGUUUUUGUGCUUUCAGAACUUUUCGAUUAUUUUUGAUAUUUCAUCGUCAAAAUUCUUUGGACGGCUAAUAAAUCAUUCAACAAAAAAAAAGGAUAGUUAUGUUGAAGAAUUAGUUUACAUCAACUCCUGGAAAUUUUAUCACAAAUCAUGUUGAACCAGCUCUGGAGUUUCCUUUCUUAGAGGCGGCGCGCUUUAAAAUUAAAAGAAAAGUUUGAUUAGGACCUCUCUAUAAAAAGUCUCUGCUUUUAGCUCGAUAGGGAAACCAACUCCAAAAAUUGCAUUGUGUUUCAAAAAAUAUAAUGAAAAAGUUAAGGGCCUCGGUACGUCUUAACGUGUUACACUCGCAAUCGGAACGGUCAUGAUCGAAUCAACGGUUAUGGGGCUUUGUUUCUCCCAACAACGCCUGGACAGUUAGUACACAUCUGAUUUUUUUCGUUUUUGAUCAAUUGAUUUUAGAUACAAACUGAAAGUGCGAUGUUAUAUGCCCGAACCCUCUUCCCUGAUCCAAAGUUUGAUUUCGAUGUUCCGCGGUUUGAGCGCGGAAUUAGUCAAUCCAUUGAUGCCGGCUUAUGCAGAUGGAAGAUAUGGUAGCAUAACUUGUACAAGACAAGAACGAUAGAAUCAUGCAGGUCUCCGAGUUUCUACCAAAGGAACAGUGGAAAUUGAAUUGAAUAUCCAAACAAGAGUCAGCGACACCUCCUUCAACUUCAAAAACAUGAAAAAGGUGGAUUUCACGCCGCCUUCUCGGAGUCAGGUAAGUUCAGUUUUCUUUUUGAGGAUUUAAUAUUUUUCGUUUCAGCCGCCUCCACUGGCAAGCAACAAUGAAGACAUAAGAAGUGAUCCAGAAGAAACCUGA